AUGGAUUUAGGGCGAGUCCCCCUCCCCGCUCACCUGCGGGUUCCGGGGGGGCGUCAGGUGAUGCUGCUGGAGCCGGGGAAGCUGCGGGCGGGCGGGGAAACCGCGUGGCCGGCCCCGGCAGCUGCCGACACCCAAAAGCAGCCGAGCUCUGCCCUGGGGCGUCUCCCAAUGCGGCCCCGCCUCGCGCGGCACUGGGAGCGAUACUGGGAGCACCGGGAAGGAACUGGGAGCGCUUUCCCUCCCAGGCUGGAGGGGCCGGAGCGAUGGCGGCGGCGUCUGGAGAUUGCCCCAGGGGUGGAAGCACAGCCCCACCAUCUGCCUGGACUGAUCCAGGCUGCCCUGGAAAAGGGUGAGGCUCCAGAACAUCUGCAGUACAUUGAUGACAUCAUUGUGUGUGGAAAUACGGCUGCAGAGGUCUUUGAGAAAGGAGAGAAAAUCAUCCAGAUUCUCCUGGAAGCUGCUUUCAUCAUCAAGAAGAACAAAGUUAAGAGACCAGCUCAUGAAAUUCAUUUCCUGGGGGUAAAGUGGCGAGAUGGACGGCGUCAGAUUCCUACCGAUGUCAUCAACAAGAUCACAGCAAUGUCUCCACCAGCCAACAAUAAGUUAACACAAGCUUUCCUAGGUGCUAUAGGUUUUUGGAGAAUGCACAUUCCUGAGUACAGUCAGAUCAUGAGCCCUCUUUACCUGGUCACCCGCAAAAAGAAUGAUUUCCACUGGGGUCCUGAACAACAACAAGCCUUUGCCUAGAUCAAGCAGGAGAUUGUUCAUGCAGUAGCUCUUGGCCCAUUUAGGACAGGACCAGAUAUGAAGAAUGUGCUGUAUUCUCUAGCUGGGAGCCAUGGUCUGUCCUGGAGAUAAUUACAAACUGGCCGGAAGGUGAAAACUUUGGUCUCACUGAUGAAGAGGAGCAGGAACAAGUGACACGGGCUGAAGAAGCUCCACCGUAUAACCAGCUGCCAGCAGAAGAAACACGCUACGCUCUGUUCACUGAUGGUUCCUGUCGCAUCGUAGGGAUGAGCCGGAAGUGGAAAGCAGCCGUAUGGAGCCCCACACGACAGGUCGCAGAGGCCACUGAAGGAGAAGGUGGAUCAAGCCAACUUGCUGAACUCAAAGCUGUUCAACUGGCCCUGGACAUUGCUGAAAGAGAGAAGUGGCCAAAACUCUACCUCUACACGGAUUCAUGGAUGGUAGCCAAUGCUCUGUGGGGAUGGUUGGA